CUUGAAAGAAUCUAUCUCUUGUUCAAUCAUACUGAGGUAUUCAUGAAGCUUUUGAUGGAAUCGAAGAAAGGCUACAGAGGUCCCUAAGGAGAAGGCUAAUGACGAUAGAGGCUCUUUGAUCAUGUCGUUCGCCUCCCAGGCUUACCAAAAUGGUACAAAUCCAAGCGCACGCUACAGUCGUGGGACAUGGCAACCUCUGCCAUACAUUCAUUCGGGAUUCGUCGUUCACCCCUAUCAACCCUCUUUUGCUCCUCCUACACCUACAAAGCUGGGCGAGACGAGUCAAGCUGCAGCAUAUAGGAACAAGUAUUCUCACGCCUUGAACCUCGAGUCUAUAGGUGAAGAACCACCAAAUGGGAAUCAAUCAGGUCGAUACAGGUUCGCAGGGACGACGACGACGACGACGACGAAUCAGCAUGGGAAUCCUUACGAGGUCAGUUUGGAUAUAGGCGAUGAAUUCUUCGCCUUUGAGGAGUAUAGAUGUCUUGUGGAAGAAGAUGGAAGAGGUGAAUUAUGGUACAGGGGAUACAUCGUUCAAUCCGUCUCGUUGGCCAAUUUGAUGCCCCUUAUCACCACCACCAACCCGGCCGGUACUGCGAUCCCACCUCGACCUGAACCUUCUGUCCUUAUUGGCAUCUUUCCCGCGAGCUGCGUCUACGUCAGACACGAUGCGUCAAUGGAUGAUGGGUCGCUCACCGCAGCGUACGAAGCGGCGGUGAAGAAAGCUCAGGAGUUGGAUAGGGAUCGUGGAAAUGGUCGCCCGACGGGGUUCGCGUUGGGAACAGGAUUCAGCGGAGAUAUGGAUACAGUCAAAGAGGAAGAUGAAGAAGGCUCACCUGGAGAUGGUGAAGUACAGCGAACGCCAGAGAUUGGGAUCGUCCCGCUUGAGAUAGCGGAGAAACCGGCUGAAGGACCCGAUGCCGCUAUUCAGCAAGAUAUCUCAGCGACCACGAAUGACGGGAGAAGGAAGAGCUUGACGCUUAUCGGUGGCACCCCUGGUACCACCCCGACUCGAGCACCGAGGCCAAAAUCGCUCAUUCUAGAGAAGAGGAAAACGAUAGAUGGCCUCCAAGAGAAGGAUCAACCACCUCUACCCCGUUUGACUGCUGGAGAUUCAACCUUAGCCGGUCAGCUGUACCCACUCGUCGACGAGAUUGCGUGUGCCAUCAGAGACUGGUAUCAACGCUUACCGACCUAUCUCGUGAACAGAGAUUAUCGACUCUUCACCACGGUCGUUCAGCACAUUGAUGCUUUAUGGCUUGGCAGGCGACAGCUACUGUCACAGACAUUGAGCGGAGACGAGCUCGCUAGAGUCAGGAGGGAAUGCGUGUCAAGAUUGGUCAAGUGUAAUGUCGCUCAGGGACUCGAAGUGAUAGUCAGAAGUCUGGAAGACGGGAGCGUAACGGUCACAGAGAAGGAUAGAGCCUUCUCGGGCGCGACCUGGGCAGGCGGGAUAAAUCUCUACAUCCAACAGCUCCAACUCGCUUAUAUCGAUCUCAUACCCCUGGAUACACUUUUCGGCAGAUCCUCAAGACUCUUCGAGGGUCUCCCGCUCGCCUCUGACGCGAGGAGCCAGCGCUUUUCCCUCGCAGCUGCCAAAGCGAGACCACUCGCACUGGGGCAAGCCCUGGAUGCACCCCUCGGAGUCUAUCAUCACGUUCUCCUCGAUGUUCGGGCGUUCAUCGCCAACCCAUGCGCCCCUGGUGAGACUGCAGAGUUGUUUUUUUCUCUCUUCAAUGCGAAAGAGAAUCGGUUCAUCACAGAGGAAUUCUGCCUUAUCCUCAACCACCUUGGUAGUCCCGCGAGGGAUUCAACACAGCGGCUGGGUCGACUUCGGACGCUGUUCACCGAUCUGAAACCUGAAGAUAUUGGUCCUUCGGUAUAUCUCAUCUGCCGACUUGUCAGGAAUGGUGCCCUGAAAAUGCGAUCGGACGCUCAAGCGGGAACACUUGAAUCGCAAUAUCGAAAUGUCAACGCGGCGGCUUCGAGACAAAGUCAAACAUUAUUAUCUGAUCGAAACACGAUGAGGGGAAUACCGAGUAUCAGUGAGACAGUGACAGACGAUUCGUUUUCCAUCACGUCGGGCUUUGCGGGUCAUCGAACCACGACCACGCAUACGAAUGGCACGACCACGACCCCUUCGCCUUCUAUGUCUGAUGGUAGACCGAGUUUCCGUCGACCGCUCGGAUGUGCCGUGUUGGAGAUGCCUCCCAUCAGCAAGCUAUUGAGCGAAGAUGAUGGGAAAGCUGGGAUCGUUCCUGGGACGGGAUCAGAGUACACAAUGUCAAUUCAUCUGCCGCGAGACGAAGCUACGUUCGCGACCCUGCACGAGGACCUCAUCCGUCAACGAUCUAAAGAGUUCUCAAAGUCUGGACGCGCCGAAGCGAUCGUAGUAUCACUCAAAGUGCUACGAGGAUCAGCUCCGAGACUUGCUCGUGAACAUCCUUCCCUUCUCCAAGAAGUACCAUUCUCCUCCCGUCUAAGCUUCCCCGACGUCGUGUUACCCAACACGGACCGGAACGAUCUCUACGUCAAGCUCUGGUCAGCUUCCUUCUUCCCCUCUCCGACAUCGUCGGGCGGCUCCAUCCGAGUUCGUCGCCCGAGUCCAGCUGUCAAUCAUGGCAAUGUUCAAGUCUCGUUGGAAGUUCGCAAGUCUGACGGCACGGCUUUACCCGAUAUCAUGUUCUCUGGAGGCUCUGGCGAAGGUCCAGUCAGGCAAUACCACUCGUUGGUCUUUCAACAGAAUGAUACGCCAACUUUUGGUGAACUGGUCAAGAUUGCAUUGCCCGGUCGGAGUGCUCCAGAUUGUCAUCUCUUUUUGACCUUCCGUUCCCGCACAGCGACCCAGAGACAAGGACGAGACGAUUCACAAGAGCUUGAAAAACCAUUUGCUUUUGCGUACCUUCCUCUACUCUCGAAUACCUCUUGCGUCCAAGACGGAUCCCACGAUCUUAUACUCUAUCGCUUGGAGAAGAAUCUACAGCCAGCUCCCAAUGUUUACCUUGGUUCGCCAUUUUCGGAUGCCUCGACCCACGGCGUCGUUACUUCCAAGACGCUGACGCCACUCCGAGAUCGAAUGAUGCUACGAACGUAUCUCUGCUCGAGUACUCAGACGCAAGAUCCGACUCUCCAGGCCUUAUUUCACUGGCAAAAGCUAGCAGACAACAUCAACGAGCUCUGCAAGACUCUCGACAUGUUCAGCUUUGUCAAUGAAGAGGAGAUUUCAAAAUUCGUUCCUUCCAUCUUGGACUCGCUCUUUGGCAUGACAUCCUUUAAUGCCGGCGAGAAACAAGAGCAGCUCGAUACUUUGAUCUUUAGAGCUUUGGUCAAAGUCCUCUCCAUGACUUCAGAUCGACGUUUUCGAGACUUUGAUGCCGUCCUAGACGACUAUAUCUCCAAUCACUUUACUUCUUCGUCCUCAUCUUUCAACCUCUUGCGAUCCAUGAAGUCAGUCAUGUCUCGACCGGAGAGCAAAGACUAUCGGUCGUUCCUCAAAGUUUGGCAUCUCUUCUUCCGAUUCAUCAUCCGGUCCCGGGAAUUGGACAGAGGUAAAGGUAUAGGACUAGACGCCACGUCGGCACAUAUUGAAGCGGAUUUCCAGCGGCAAAUGAAGGCUAUCCUCGAAGACAUCAAUAGUCUGAUGAAGAUGACUGAUAAAGGCUUGAUUGGAACACAGACGCUGGCAGUUCAGCAUUACGCGGAUGUCUUGCCAUAUCUUGCUCAAGUGUUUCAACCCUUGGAGACUGCAGAGAUGGUGAUCACGUUCGCGGACACGUUGACCUACUCCAAAGGAUCCAUCGCGAUCUACAAGCUGUUACUCCUCCUUCAAGUCAUCAAAAACAUCUUUGACUCUUCCGAUGCUAGAGCGCUUCUCGUCCCGGCUCUUGUCAGAUGGGUCAAACCGCAUCUCGGCCGAUUUGAAGAGAUUGCCUUUAUCAAACAUCCUGACGGGCAAGUCGAUUCUACGACCGAUACGAAGAAAAUCAAGUGGAUGGAGUGUAAUCGUCUUGCUGUCACUGUAGCAGCAUGGACGGUGACAAAAUUGCAGGACUGGUUGGACUCACCCUUGAUAGCGGAGGACAACGGCUUGAAAGUCCAAGAGGAGGACAAUAUCGAGUACUGUUUGACUUUACUGCCGAGCCUGCUCGAAUCGUAUGCCGAACUCGAUUCGCCAGGCACCCUCGUCACGCUACAGAAGAGUCAAGUGUCCUCUUCGAUCUACGAGCGCACACCGGACAUGUUCCCCUCAUCGCAUCCAUUUCCACUUCUGUCCGAACUUCCACCACCACCUCUAGUCGACCAGAUCCACACGUCAGUCGCGGAUGAAGUCCUGCCUUCCAGUGGACCUUUCAUCCCUAGUCUGGGUGAAUGCUCAGCCGUUAUUUUCACUUUGAUCCUCGCGUCACCGACCACCAAUAUGGCCCGGUUCCUGGCCGAAUUAUUGGACAUUGAAGGCGCCGCGGGUACAGCCAAGAUUCUCAGAUCAGUCUUUGCAUUCUGUCGAUCCAUCCUUCGUUCACGGGCCUUCCCCCGACAAUGGCUCAGUAUGAACCUCAUGUUUUAUUCUACCAUGCUCGGUCUCCUUCAGGCCAUCUCAGAUCUACUGGAAGAUGGGUUCGUUCCUCCCAUCUCUGAGAUGGCCUCAUUCGAUCAAUUGCUCUGGACAGACUGCCUCGAACUCCUCUGCGACUUCUGCGGGUCGGAAGAACUGGCUUUGGAAGAUCAUGCGCCUCAGAGAAGAAGGGCAGAAUGGAUCAUUGCUGGUGAUCUACGUGAUGAUGGGGCAAGACUCCUCAUGAAACUAUGGAACGCCCUUGGAUGGCCUGCGGACAGUGCAAGUGCACAGAGGGUCCAGUCCAGGUACGGAGGGUAUCAGACCCGCUUCACCAGUCUCGCUGGGCGGGUCCUGGGGCUUUGCCUGUCAAGUCAUGAUCAGCUCUGUGAGACGGCUGUCGAGAUCCUCUUUUCAAUGAUUUACGCGGAAUACGUAUUGGAUGGCAAAUUUGAGUCCAUCGCCACGGACAUCUUUGUGAAGCUCGAUGUUCUGGUAAGUGGCUACUCCUGCGGCAGGGGGUUUGCCCAUCUUGACAUAUCACCGCAGUUCCUCGACAAGGGCAACUCGACCCUUGCGUCGGAUCCAACAAUGCGAGCAUACUUCGUGGCGCACCUUCGAUCAGUCUUUGAGGCUUCGCCAGAGAUUGAUGCAGACUUCCAUGUCAAAGUCGGUAAUCUCUUGGACGAGAUCGAGCUGUUUAUCGAGCUGCUCCUGGAUCUAAGGGAUAUUCCAGAUACGACCGAAUGGAAGGAUGAACGGUCGCUCGCCAUUUAUCGUUUGAUCCUGUUCACUCAACGGGUCAACAGAGAAGAUCUGUAUACUCGCUUUGUUCAUCAAUUGGUCCGACUCAAUGUUGAUGCGCAAGAUUGGAUGGGAGCAGGUAAAGCUCUAUGCCUGCAUGCCGAUCUACACGGCUGGACACUGGACAAGGUGCUCUUGGAACCAUUCACGAGCGGAUCCAUGUCCUUACCUGCUCAGAAUGCCUUCGCAAGGAAAGAAUCGCUAUACUAUCAUGCCAUUGACUACUUUGCGGAGGCAGAAGCGUACGAAGCUGCUCUGCAUCUUUGUCAAGAGCUCGUUUCGCAGCAUCAGCGUCUGACUUUUAAUGUACCAAAGUUGUCUGAAUUGUUGAGUCAUCAAGCGAGGCUCUGGGAGAGAAUCAAUGCCGCCAGUCGGAAACAGCCAGAGUACUUCAGAGUGGCGUAUUUUGGCGACUUCUCCCUGAUCAACAGGAACAAGGACUUCAUUGUCCGAGGCAGACCUUGGCAACGAUUCUCAGACUUCUGCGACGAGAUUCAGCACAAGCAUCCUGCCGCCAUCAUUCACCGGUCAAAGGUUCCGCCUCCGGAAUCCGAUAGAGAUGGUGAAGAUCAAGUCAUUUGGAUCACCUCAGUUCAUCCCGAGCCCGAUCCCGAUCACCCCGCACUCGCCGAGGGAGUGCCUGAAUCCAUACAAAGCUAUCACAAGAACAACGAAAUCAAGACAUUCUCAUGUCUUCGUCCGUACUCCCGGGCAGAGAGCGUGGGAGAGGGAGUCAUGACUUGGAUCGAGAAGACCUGGUUGACGACUGAGAAGAUUCUCCCGGACGUAUUGAAUCGGUCCGAAGUCGUCGAAAUCCGAUACGAGCAGAUUUCACCGUUGUCCACUGCUUUGGCUGAAGUUGGGAAAGCCACCGGGGCGCUCAGAGAUUUGAGCCGAGAGGCACCUGGAUAUCGAGUCGAUGUCAAACUUCUCGGGACCGUCAUCAAUGGAGCAGUCGAUUCACCUGUCAAUGGUGGUGUCAAGCUGUAUCGAAAGACAUUUAUCGAAGGCGAUUAUUUGAAUCGACAUCCCUUGGAGACUGCGCAGGUCGGUAUGCUAGAUGCGGCAUUACGAAACUAUGUGCAAGCCAUACAAAACGCGCUGUCGGUACAUCGAGUACAUUGUAAGGAUGUAACCUUUCACGAAGCGCUUAAGAGUCACUUCUAUGCCGCUUUCCCAGACGAGAUUGCAGCGCUACCACCCUGGUCAGAUUCUACGCAUUCGGCUGGCAACAUGGGUCGCGCGGUACCCAAUGGUCAUGGCCAUGGAUCUAAGCCGUCCGUCUCCACUAUUCGAUCGCAAGGCAAUCAUAUCGCUGUGAACCCCGCCAGAAUGUCCACCAUGUCUCUCGCGACUGAGACCGGCUACCUCUUGCCUGAACUUAGAGUUGGACCAAGCAUCAAGCAUUCGGGUUCAGCGCCGUCGGUGGCUGUAGAUGCAUCGCAUCUGAGGUCCGAGUCCCAGCACACCAUUUCUCCAAUCAACGGUGAUGUCUCCCGUGGAGUUCCGUCAAUCCACGGUACCGGUACAUCGACAUCGUCACCGCGCCAAUCCGUCAUCUCGGCUGGUAAACGAGCGAGCAUGUCAUCGGGUCUAUCGCCGAAUCUAGGGAAUCGAGCCAAGAGCUUUGUGGGGAGCCUCAACAAUAAAUCGAGAGUCAGUUUGAGCGUUCAGAGCGAAGUGGGAGAUGCGGAUAUCAUCGAAAGGGAUGAAGGAGUCGACGGGAUGGUGAUUGAUAUACAGCCGAAUCAUUCGCAGACCGAGAAAAUGGGUCGUUUCGGAAGCUUCAUGCGGCGGAAAGAGUGACGACUGGUUCGAUAGAUGGACAUUUUUUUUUGACUGGCGAUGACGGACUCAGCUUGAUGCUGAAUAGCUCAAUGAUUUAUAAUGACAGGCAUGACAACAUGUAUCUCGAUUCCAGAG